AUGAGCGCCGCAAUCAUCUGGCUCCGUCUAAAACCUCUAAUCCAUGGUUUUAUUGGAACAAUGUUUAACGCUUUACGAGUAAAAGCCGACAAAUUUUUUGAGUUCGGUUUGAAAUUCUUUGCAGGUGAGAACGGUGUAUGGCACGAUCACGAAACAUUCGUCAAAGAGCGGGAAAGUGUUCGGCCGCGGACGAAUUUCAAUGCGAUUCUGACCACGAUCUCGGCGGUGAUGGAUCAGUUCCGCGCAGGAGGUCCGCAACGAGAGUUGUUUGCAGGAGCGGAGGAUUUAGCGGACGACGUGCUUCGUCGUACCAGGCAUGUUCUACCACACGUCGCACGACUUUGCCUUAUUUCCACAUUUUUAGAAGAUGGAAUUAGGAUGUGGUUCCAAUGGGAAGAUCAACGACAGUUUAUGCAGGAAUCCUGGUCAUGUGGAUGGUUCCUUGCGAGUUGUUUUGUGAUUUACAAUUUCUUUGGACAAUUCGUGCCCGUCAUCAUGAUCAUGCUAAGGAAGAAAGUAACAAUUGCCUGUGCUGUACUCGGAUCUAUUGUCCUCCUACAAACUGUUGCUUACCAUAUUCUAUGGGAUCUGAAAUUCCUUGCUAGAAAUGUUGCUGUUGGUGGAGGAUUGGUGCUGCUCCUGGCUGAAACUCAAGAAGAAAAAGCAUCACUUUUUGCUGGAGUGCCAACGAUGGGUGACUCAAACAAACCGAAAUCGUACAUGUUACUAGCUGGACGUGUGCUCCUGAUCUUCAUGUUCACAUCCUUGCUACAUUUCGAAAUGAGCCUUCUGCAGGUGGUCGAAAUUGUUGUCGGAUUCGCUCUGAUUAUGCUGGUUUGUGUUGGAUACAAGACAAAGUUAUCUGCGAUGUUCCUCGUUGUCUGGCUGUUCGGGCUAAAUCUCUGGUUGAACGCCUGGUGGACCGUCCCAUCUGAUCGUUUUUAUCGUGAUUUCAUGAAGUAUGACUUCUUCCAAACAAUGUCUGUGAUCGGAGGUUUACUACUAGUUAUCGCCUAUGGCCCCGGCGGUGUUUCUGUUGAUGACUACAAGAAGCGAUGGUGA